AUGGCAUCAUAUCUCAUCACUGGGACCUCCCGUGGUCUGGGGUUGACUCUUGCGACUAUUCUUGCAGCCAGGCCGGAAGACCAAGUUCGCUUCAUCGUCGCUGCUGCCAGAACCAAGACUCCCGCUCUCGAGGCGCUCAUCAACAAGUAUCCCAGUCGCAUCGCUUUCGUCGAACUUGAAGUGACAAGCCAAGAGAGUAUCGACGCGGCGGUGGUCAAGGUGAAACAAGUCUUGGGCCCAAGUAGUAAUGGCGGGAUCGACAUCUUGAUCAACAAUGCAGGCAUAAUGCCAUUCAAUCCAAGCGGGAUCUUCGAAGCGACGGACCUUAUGCAUGUCCUCAACGUCAAUGUCAACGGCGUCCAACUGGUGUCGGCUGCUUUCUUGCCGCUGUUACGCCUCGGUUCGCAGAAACUCAUCUUCAACAUAAGCAGCGUCUUGGGCUCCAUCGAACUUUUCCCUCGAUUCGCAGUUUUCCCGGUUUCGACCUACAAGGUUUCGAAGGCGGCCCUCAACGCAUUGACCGUCCAGUGGUCAUUGGACCUGUCGAAGUCUGACUUCACUGUUGUCGCGGCAAGCCCCGGAUGGCUCAGAACAGACCUGGGCACCGACCAAGCCGACCUAUCUGUUGAGGAGGGAGCGAAUGGCAUUCUAGAAAUUCUGAAAGGUAUCACCAAGGCUGAUACGGGGAAAUUCUUUGAUAUCCACGUGCCUGGUUGGGACAAAACAACGUCUUUCAACCAUUAUGAGGGAGGAGUAUUGCCAUGGUAA